AUGGGCUCGUCAUCCUCCAAAGGUAUCAGGAAGCUCCCCAAAUCAGCCCUCCCGCAAUCAGCACGCGGCCAGAGGGUCCGUCUGCCCCAGCAAGCUCCACCGCCACCGAUCGAAGAACAGCCCGAGGAAGAGAGCUCGGGGCCUAUAGAUUAUAGCAGGCUGAAGGAGGAGAUCAACAGAGGGCAGAGCGCAAAGGGGACGGCAAUAGAUUUCAGUGGAGAGAAGGAUGAUGCACUUCAGCGAGAUGCUAUGGAUCCUCAGUUCUUACAAAACCUCCACAAGCUUGGGCCGGUAGAGAUCAAAGAUGCUGGAAAAUUUAUCCCCGCCGACUUUCAAAGAACACUUUCAUCCCGCAAAGAUAUCUACACUUCCAGCUCCCAGCUCGCCCCGCCCGGUCACCUCACCCUCCCCUUCCUCGUUAACCUCUUGGACAAACUGAAAACGCUUCCACCAGGCGCCGACCCGACACCAAUAUACAAACAGUUUGGAGUGGAGAAGGAAAAGAUGGAUGUGUUGAGAAAGUGGGUGAACAGUGUGAGCGUGGAAGAUGAAGAUUAUGUGACGGUGGACGAGGGGAAUGAGGUUCGAGAGAUGAAGUCUGUUUGGAUUGGGGGGCUCAAAAAGUAA